UACUCACCCCGCAGAUCGCUGAUGUGCGGUACAGUCGACGGUCCGAAUUUCGACUCCCCGUUUGCGAUAGAGUGCGGAGGAAGCGCGCCGUUGUCCUGGCUGCCAUCGUAACAAGCAGGAAUGCCGCCCGUGGUUGUCGCGUUGGAAACAAAAAUACAGCGAUCGGCAGCAGCUGAGCGAAGCGGCCAGCGGCUGCGCUUCGGAUCGACACGGCUUCGUGUCAUAAACGUAACAGUCGGCUCGACUUGGCUUGGCUCAAAUUAUGGCUGUGACGUACCGACAUAACGGAUUAGUAGCGUGUGUGGGGAAAAAAGAAGAGCAGACAGCUUCCUUGAUGGCGGCAUGUUAGCGGGUCGUUACGAAAUCUGAAACCUUGGGCGCGUCUGUGAAGGGAGCUGGCAUCUUCGUCCAUGUUGUCCACCACGAUGUACGGACGCAUCGCGGCAGCCGUCAGGCUGGGAUUUCUGCGGCCCACGAUGCCACAUCGCGCGCUUGCGGCCGUUGGAGCAAGAUCCCUUGUGACCAAGGCAGAGACGGGUCACUACCAGCCGCCUGUUCUGUCAACCCAUCGCAUGCCGACCACCAGCAAGCUGGAGUUUGUGCCGGCGAACGCCUUUGACGGCAUUCCUAUGUACAGCAUCCUGAACAAGAGUGGCAGACUGGCUGAUGGUGUCGAGGAACCCCAGCUCGACAAGGACCUGCUGGUGCGCAUGUACUCCAAGAUGGUGCAGAUGAACAUCAUCGACCAGAUCAUGUACGAGUCGCAGAGGCAGGGCCGCAUCUCCUUCUACAUGACCCACUACGGAGAGGAGGGUGUGCUCAUGGGAAGCGCAGCCGCGCUUGACGAUAAGGACCUCGUCUUCGUCCAGUACCGCGAAUACGGUGUGCUCCUGUGGCGAAACUUUUCCGUGAACCAGACGAUGCAGCAGUGCUAUUCCACAAUGCAUGACUACGGCAAGGGCCGCCAGAUGCCCAUUCACUACGGCUCGACUGAGCACCACUUUGUCACCGUCUCGUCGACCCUUGCAACGCAGAUGCCGCAAGCGGUGGGAACGGCAUACGCCUACAAGCUCGCCCAGAAGAAGCAGUGCGUGGCCUGCUACUUUGGUGACGGUGCGGCCAGUGAGGGGGACGCCCAUGCCUCCUUCAACUUCGCAGGUGUUCUCGGCACGCCCAUCAUUUUCAUCUGCCGGAACAACGGCUAUGCCAUAUCAACGCCAACCCACGAGCAGUACAGCUGUGACGGAAUCGCUGCGCGAGGUCCAUCGUACGGGUUGACAACAGUGCGAGUGGAUGGCCAGGACGUUCUCGCCAUGUACACGGCAGUACAGGAGGCCCGCCGUUUUGUAAUGGAACAGCAGAAGCCAGUCCUCAUCGAAGCCAUGACGUACAGGAUUGGCCACCACAGCACUUCGGACGACAGCACGGCUUAUCGGUCGGUGGACGAAGUGAGGACGUGGGACGAGCACGCCCAUCCAAUCACACGGCUUCGCCAGUACCUCCUCGAUCGAGGAUACUGGAGCGAACAGCAAGACAAGGACAUCAAGGCCACGUUCAAGAGAGAGGUCUUACAGAACGUCAAAGAAGUCGAAAAAGUUCUCAAGCCGCCGGUCAGCGACCUUUUCACUGACGUUUACAAGGACAUGCCGGCGCAUCUCAGGGAUCAGAUGACGUACAUGUUGAACCACGUACAGCAGUACAAGGAGGGUUACCCCGUUGACCUGUAUGCCAAAGAGGAGAGCUAGGAUGAUGCACGUAUGCGUGAAGGCCGUACGUCGUCAGCAGUUGGCGUGUUAGAAUACCGGAGAGAUGUUUCUGUUGAGCUCAUAGACAAGCUGGUUGCAUCGUCAAAUUUCUAAAGAAAAAGCGCAGCGGUACACCGUACCUGCGAAGCAGAGGCGCUGUACAUCGAUGUAUCGAAAUCCAGUUGCAUGCAUGCAACUGUUCCAGCCAGUUACCUUAUUUCAGGUCAUCCAGUGAGUAGAACAUAUUGAAUUAUCUUGCUAGGCUUGUAGUUUCUCCUUGCUUUACCGUACUGUCACAAAAAGCUACUGGAAGCAUGAACACAACCGUACAUUGUUACGUUUAGCAGUCAGGAAUCAGCUGUAUGCUGACAGUUCUAGAGCACUGUGUGGUGUGUUAUCUGCGUGCAGAUGUGCGUGCAUAGCGUGCUCACUCUCCACAUUAACACUGCCUUCGUUUUAGUCUCAAUUCGAAAUAGCGAGAGAAUGUGGGACAGUUUUGUUGUUUAAGUUAAUUGUCCUGAAGUCAGUAGUGCGGAUCUCCGUAAAAUGUGCCAUGAGCAAUUGAGUAUCUAUUCAUUAGAUGAAUGCAUGGAAAAGUGUUCUAACCCCAUGGAACACUGACCUAUAUAUUUUUUUUGUGGUAUGUUGUCUCAGAAUCCAUUACGACGUAAAUGUAGCGCAAAACAGACAAGGCCAAGAAAGU